AAACAAUAAACACGUGCAUAGAGAGAACAGCAGAAAUUUGUUGAAUUGUUUCGCAAUUGAGAAAAACUCUAUAUAUUUAACAGUUUAAGUAUUUUUUUAUCAAAUAUUCCUUGCCAAUUUGGUAAUUUAUGUGAGAGUAGUGGAGUUUUGACACAAAAUGACCGAUUUACAUCAAUUUAGUGAUGCCGAAGAAGAUGAAGAGAUACCAUAUAAGGAAAACCUAGUUACCGGUUUCAAGAAGCUAACGGUUAAGGAUGAAAUCUUUAAAGAUUUAAAAGAUGUAGUGGACAAGACAACGGACGACUUAAAGGAGAUAAUUUUAGCCCAAGAAGAGGAGGCUGACGAUGAUGCUGAGGAGGAUGAGAAUGACGACCCCAACAAUGCCUAUGACUAUUAUGACGACGAGGAUGAUGAUAUAGAUUAUCAGGAUAACUAUGAUUAUGAGGAAAAUUAUGCCGGCUUUCAAAAACACAAUACACACAAUCACCUCUCUGCCUCGUCAGGAACGGGUGGAGGAGGUGGUGGUGGCGGCGGUGCCUCACAACGUGUUAGCAGUUAUCAACCCAACGAAAAGUUAUUCACACGGUAUUCAGCCCGUAUAAAUGUGGAAAAAUAUGAUCCCACAACAAAUAUGUCUGCCCAGGCGGCAAAUCGUUUGGUAUCCUUCGAUUCCAAACAGGACAAUAAGAUUAAAAUACGUGAUAAACAUGAUCGGGCGACGGCAGAGCAAGUCAUGGAUCCCCGAACACGUAUGAUCUUGUUUAAACUCUUAAAUCGUGGCCUGAUUCAAGAAAUCAAUGGCUGUAUUUCCACGGGCAAGGAGGCCAAUGUCUAUCAUGCAGUUUCAAGGGAUACCGAUGAUGAGUUUGCCAUUAAAAUCUAUAAAACAUCCAUCUUGGUAUUCAAAGAUCGCGAUAAGUAUGUGAGUGGCGAGUUUCGUUUUCGCCACGGCUAUUGUCGCCACAAUCCCAGAAAAAUGGUACGCACCUGGGCCGAAAAGGAAAUGAGAAAUUAUUUGAGAAUGUUCAAUGCUGGGGUGCCCGUACCGGAACCAAUACUUCUGAGGUCUCAUGUUUUGGUCAUGCGCUUUUGUGGUAAAAAUGGCUGGCCCUCGCCCAAAUUAAAAGAUGUUGAACUGACCACAUCAAAGGCCCGCGAACUGUAUCGCGACUGUGUGGUUCUGAUGUGGAAAAUUUAUAACAAAUGUCGUCUGGUCCAUGCCGAUCUUUCGGAAUUUAACAUUCUCGUUCAAGAUGGCCAGUUGAUUAUAAUUGAUGUCUCACAGUCCGUGGAGCACGAUCAUCCGCAUGCCUUUGAUUUCUUGCGUAAGGAUUGUACAAAUGUAUCGGAAUUUUUCCGUAAAAAAGCUGUGGCCACCAUGACCGUCAAAGAGUUGUUUGAUUUUAUUACCGAUCAAACAAUUACCGAGGAAAAUAUGGAAACUUGCUUGGAAAAGAUAUCGGAAAAAAUCAAAGAUCGUGAUUUUGAGGCAAUCACAGCCCAGGAAAAAAUCGAUGAGGCUGUGUGGCAACAAACCUUUAUACCCAAGCGUCUGGAUGAGGUACGUUAUUUUGAGCGUGAUGUAGACAAGGUGAAAAAGGGAGAGAAGCAAAAUUUGAUUUAUGGCAAAAUUACGGGCCUCAAUGAAAAGCUGGAGGUACAAAAGAAGCCGGCAAUUUUGUCGGAAAAGGAGCGAGAAGAGAAUGAGAAAAAUUCGAAUAAAACAAAGGCAGAUGGUGAAAAUGAUGAGGAAGAGGAGGACGAGGAGGGUGAUGAGGAUGGCGAAGAAGGUGAUUCCAGUGAUGAUGAAGAUCAAACGAAAUUCAAAAAUUCCGCCAGACCCCGUGAUGAGUCGCCGGAAAGUAAAAAGGCCCGCAAAAAGGCUGUUAAAGAGGCCCAGGCCGAGAAACGCAAAGUGAAAGUUAAAAAACAUGUCAAGAAACGUAAAGAGAAAAUGGCCAGUGCCAAGAAGUAAGAGUUGUAAUAGUUUUUUCUUUUAAACUAAUUUUGUAAUAUAUUUAGAGGAAAAUAAAUAUAGUUUUUUUUAACCACUUGCAUGUAAGAAAAUCCGUUUCGAAAUGUAAAUAAUUUGUAAAUGGAAAUAAAUUUUACUAAACUACACUGGAUAGAAAGAGCGGAAGUAUUCUUAAAAAUAGGACUUCUAGAAUCUCGUAGUUAAAAUUUUCCUGAUUUACAGUGGUUCUACAGGUCACAAUUUAAAACCAAUCGGACAGGGAAGAAGUCGAGCAUUUUGUAUGGCACGACGGAGUGGGUAAAUAAGGGUAACAUCUGGGCACGACUCUAUGACAUUAUUUCAAAAACGAAAUUUUCCAAAAUGGAUUUCGACAUGAGGGGCUUCCAACAUAUUGUAGGGUAUCACAUGGUCGGCCCCGCACGACUAUAGCUUUUGCUUUCUUAUUUCUUUUGCAUUUUAUUAUUAUUAAAAAAACAAUAUGGAAUUAUGUUCACCACUUCACAUAAAAUAUAACUUCAUUUAACAUUCUUUGGAUGAAUGAAAUAUUCAAUAUUUUUU